CUCUUCUUCGUUCGCUCUUCUCUUUGUUCUCUUCGUACUAUUUUUCCUCUCCUCGCAAACUAUCAGUUUCAGAAUCAUUAGAAAAUGGCAGAUGGAGAGGACAUUCAGCCACUAGUGUGUGACAAUGGAACAGGAAUGGUUAAGGCUGGAUUCGCGGGAGACGAUGCACCAAGAGCUGUGUUCCCAAGCAUUGUUGGUAGACCACGUCACACUGGUGUGAUGGUUGGUAUGGGGCAAAAAGAUGCUUACGUUGGUGACGAGGCUCAGUCAAAGAGAGGUAUCUUGACUCUCAAGUACCCUAUUGAGCAUGGUAUUGUCAGCAACUGGGAUGACAUGGAGAAGAUUUGGCAUCACACUUUCUACAACGAGCUGCGUGUUGCACCUGAAGAGCAUCCCGUUCUUCUCACAGAGGCUCCUCUCAAUCCUAAAGCUAAUCGUGAGAAAAUGACUCAGAUUAUGUUUGAAACGUUCAACACCCCCGCUAUGUAUGUCGCUAUCCAAGCUGUUUUGUCCCUCUACGCCAGUGGUCGUACUACUGGUAUUGUAUUGGACUCUGGAGAUGGUGUGAGUCACACUGUUCCAAUCUACGAAGGAUAUGCUCUUCCACACGCCAUUCUGCGUCUUGAUCUCGCAGGUCGUGACCUCACUGACUACCUCAUGAAGAUUUUAACCGAGCGUGGCUACUCGUUCACAACAACAGCAGAGCGUGAGAUCGUGAGAGACGUGAAAGAGAAACUCGCUUACAUAGCACUUGACUACGAGCAAGAGAUGGAGACGGCGAACACUAGCUCAUCCGUCGACAAGAGCUACGAGUUGCCUGAUGGACAGGUGAUCACCAUCGGAGGGGAGAGGUUCAGGUGUCCUGAGGUUCUUUUCCAGCCGUCUUUGGUCGGAAUGGAAGCUGCUGGUAUCCACGAGACGACUUACAAUUCGAUCAUGAAAUGUGAUGUGGAUAUUAGGAAAGAUUUGUAUGGAAACAUUGUGCUUAGUGGUGGUACCACGAUGUUCCCUGGGAUUGCUGAUAGGAUGAGUAAGGAGAUUACUGCUUUGGCUCCGAGUAGUAUGAAGAUUAAGGUGGUUGCUCCACCGGAGAGGAAGUAUAGUGUUUGGAUUGGAGGAUCUAUUCUAGCAUCACUCAGUACCUUCCAACAGAUGUGGAUAGCAAAGGCUGAGUAUGAUGAGGCAGGGCCAUCGAUAGUCCACAGGAAAUGCUUCUAGAUUACGCUCGCCGUUGGAUGAAAGAUUGUUUCGUAUUUGAAUAUGUUCAACGAGUUGGUUUCAGAAUAUUCUUUUUUCUUUGGUUUUUCCUCACUACAUUUGUUUCUUGUUGUCACUCUGUUUUGGUGUUUCUGCCGUUAAUGGAAAAAAAGAGAUUUGUUAUUUA